CCAACGCCCACGAGACGUAUACCAAGCAGCUGGCCGCGCUGCAAAAGAUCCGCGGGAUCGCGGGCGGAGAUUUGCGUCUGCCGCAGAUCUGCGUUGUCGGAGACCAAAGCUCCGGGAAGAGUUCGGUGUUGUCCCUGAUCACGGGGUAUCAAAUGCAAAAAUGUCUGGGUCUGGAAGAUUUGAAAUUUGUGAUGCUGUCUCUGGAUUCAAAAAAAAAACUGUAUUGCGUGACCAGCAAGAGGACUCCAGUUUGGGCUACGAGGAGAGGGCAUUUGUCAUGCAAAAUAGGCAUCAAGAAGCCCUCAAAAAAUCUGUGAUGCUAGGGCAUGCAUCACGGACAUCAUGGCUCGUGUAAAACUUGCAUGACAAGUCUCAGAAUCUUCCAGACCCAGACACUUUUGCAUUUGAUACGGGGGUCACCUUUCCAACCGCGGCCGGUAUUUGCACGAAGGCGCCGAUUGUGGUCGAGUGUUGCAAAAAGGACCCCACGGGGGAUGGCGCGCGCGUGUUCGAAAUCAAAACCGCUAACAAGGACUACGUGAAAUGUGACAUCGCGGAGCUGGCGGAAAAAAUUCUGGAAAAACAACAAACCGCACUGGUACACGAUUUUUUAAUUUUGUGACUUACUACCGAUCCUGGCGUUUUUGUACUUAAGUUCGGUCGCGGCUGACGGACGUUUAAGACCCUGUAUAGCCUCUCUUGUUUUUACACCCUUGUCUCCCUAUUCGAUCCUCCCCUAAAUCCCCAACAGGACGCGCUGAAGCAAAAGGUUUGCACGGACGAGAUUUUUGUGCGCGUUUCCGGCCCGGACGUGUUGGACCUCAUCGUGAUCGACCUGCCGGGAAUCAUCAACCAAGGGGAGGGCGCGAGCGAGGUGCGCAACAUGAUCAAUAA